ACUAUGCAUUCGUAUGUUAUAAAAGUGUUUGGAAUUUUCUUUGAUUGUUUAUUAAACCCAAGUUCUAUAUUUCUACUCGUAUAAUGUAUUAUCGAAAAGAAAUCUAGUAGAUGCAUUUUUUAUCACAAAAAUGGUUUGAAAAAUAAUCGUAGUUUGUUGUAAUAUGUAUCUCUCAUUGAUUUCUACCAUACUAUUGAAAUAAUAAAUUUAUAAAUGAAGAAAAUUUUGUUUAUCUAUGAAUUAUCUCAAAUUUUCUCAUAUGAGUGCAAAUAGAAACAAAACCAUCAAGUCUAAGAAGUUCUAUACAAACAUUUUCCUUACAACUAUCUCUAACACCAAGAGAACGACUGAUAUUGUCAUGACCUAUGAUCCAAUAAAGGUUUAUAAGAGAAUUUACGAGACUGUUGAUGUAGUAGAUGUCAAAUUCGUUGGAUUGAAGAAGAAAUUGGGUAAGUGGAAUGCUCGACUUUGAAGAUGUUGGACUCAAAUUACCCAAUUUCUCCUUCAAUCCCAACUUCGAGUCCCCAAUUUUGCAAAAAGUUUAAAACAUUAACAAGACAUAGCAAAACGACGUUGUUUAGAGACUCGUCAUCAUAUACGUGUACGAUGACUCAGCAUCGUAACGGUGUUGACUAACACCCGUUAGAUUGAUUCCGAUAUUUGCACAUUUAAUAAAGAUUAGGUAUAAGAUUCAAAUUAUUUUGAAGUUUGGGUUGUAAAUUAUUCUACGAAAUUGUCUAGGUAUGAAAAUACACUUUGUAAAAAGUACGGAUAUGAAAAUCCACUUUUCCCUUAGAUUUUAUACGCGCUAUCACAAAAUUUAUGACCGUUGUGGGAUUGUGAAAAAUCAUCACCUUAUUGAUUCUUUCUAUAUAUUACAAAACCAAUGCCCUCUCUUUUGCACUUUUCAUCAACUACAUUACGAUUUACGAUUGAAACUUUUAUACUUUUUAUUUCUCUCUUACGAUCAUUCGAGUUUUUCGUCUUUUCUCUCUUUCAAGAUGGCUCCUCGUGAAAAAAAACCAAACAAGUCCUGUUCCGAUGAUGAUGAUUUGCAGAGGAAGAAAGAGACACUUUUCAAACAGAGAUUUCCUUGUUUUAAGAAGAAAGCCACUAAGCUCUCUGUUCACUGCGGUAACUCUGUUGCUUUCAUCUGCUACGGUCCGGACGACGAUCUCCAUGUCUGGCCUCAGCCUCAAGAUCAUAACCCACAAACCCUACCUGAGAUUGUGGCCAAGUUCAAUGCGUUGAUUGAUUACAAGAGGAAGCAUCACGCCUGCGAUCUCUACGAGUUCCCAAAUCUCAAGGGUGUGUCCGGUGACGAGUUGAGAAACCAUCUCGUUAACCUUGACUCACACUUAGUUGGAGUCAAGAAACAAAAGAUAAGUAUACUGAAACGCAGUAUCCUUAAGAAGCCCAAGCCAAAAGAAACGGAAGAGAAUGAUCAUCUUAGGGUUUCAGACAACAGCGCCAUCAUCUCAAACCGCAAAGGUAGUUUCGUCCGAAGGUCAAAGACUAGGUGUUCCAAUUUGGAAUCUUCUGCUACUUCCAAGGUUUCUAAGGAUGUUGUUAUUCCGGAUUCUUCUCGCCUUGAUCCUUUCACGUUAGGUUUUUCCGGCAGCGAAUACUUCCCCGCGGAUCCAAUGGAGAUCACAGAUAAUUGGGGGGUCUGCGCCAACAGUGGUGUUUGGGAUCCUUCUUGGCUAGAUUUUGAUUGUUCCUCAACACUAUUUACUGAUGAUUGGACUGUUUCUGGCUACACUCCACUUUUGCGAGCCACUGAUUCUUUUACCGCGAGCAUUUACAAACGCCGGUCAAAGGAUAGUUUAGGGUCCGUCUUUUAGAUUAUGAUAGUAACUUGUAAGGUCAUGAUAAGUAUUAACUAUCUAUUCUCGGUGAGGUGACUGAUCGAUUAUUGUAGUAUCUUAACUUGUAUGUCUUACUCCAACAUGACAGCACAUCUAAACUAAAAUAUUGUAUAAUUUCAAUUAAAAUUUUUAUGUUUUAAAUACAAAUUAAAAUCUCGGAGCUUACAAGAUAACACGUCUCACAGUGCUAUGCUAAAAUUUCAUAAAUUUAUACAACU